CAUCGACCGCGUGACCGCGCGAAUAAACUCGUUAAGGAUGAUAAUCGUGUCAUUAAUAUACGUCGUGACAAUACGAAUGACGCAAAAAUACGAAUAAGAAAAUCAUCGUCUACGAUUUACAAUUAGAUUUUCCAAGUGUAACAUCGAAAGGAAUAAUAUUAUAAGGAGCUUAUAGAUCGAAGUGACAACUCGUAAUUAUAUUAACGUCGGGACGUGAAAAAUCUUCCUUUCGUCGUGGAACUCGACAACGGCACGUUUGUAAUUAAAUCGAACGAACAACACAUUGCGACACGUCUCUGGGAUAACUCUGUUCUCACGAAGCGGAUGUUGCUCGGAGUUUGUAUAAAAAAGCAAUUCAGUUACUUCCAAAAUAUCCUCUAUCUCGAUCAUGAAAUUAACGCGAUACGAGGGGCAUUUCCAUCCCAAAUUUGUCUCUCUGUCUCGAACGAUUCCGUCGCCUUGCUACGGAGAAAUGUUCCAACUAGAAAUUAUAUUGGGUCGAGCAUAUCGAGAGGACUUAACGACCUGGAAAAUUUUAACCAGAGAAAUUAUCGAUAUAUCGUUGAAACGUGAAACGUUCAUGGGUCAUCAUCGAUUUCGAAUAGGGAGGCGAAUAAACGGAAAACGUCGUCGACGUUUAUGCGGAUCUUAAUACAUUUAUCAAAUGGUAGUUUGUAGUUUGAUACCUCUUGCAGACACACCCACGGACAGGUAUGACAUUCUUUCGAAAUUUAUACAAAUAUACUCGUUUAAUUAUAUGAAACUUUUUGCCGAAUUUGUAAAGAAAGACAAAAAGGAAGCGAUCGAACAAAUUCACCAAAGUCAUAAAAUAUUAUAUAUAAUCGAAAUGAAUACCGAGAUCAAUAUCUAACCGGUUACACAUAUACUUCUCUUUGCACAAUAAAAUGCAGAUUUAUGACUUAGGUACGCAUAAUCGCAAAUGGAUCUUCUAUUGCAAACACUCACAAGUGUGCAUCGUAAGCUUUAUAAACGUUGUAGACGGUGUGAAGGGACACGUAACUAGUUCUUACGUAAACGACACAGGGUAUAUACUCGUCGCGAACGAUUGCUAUGCUCGAAUCGUUGGUAAAUCGCGUAUAAAUCGUACGUAUGAUCGUUUGAAAAACCAUGGACGGUUCCAAUAUCUAUCGAACGUUGCAUCGUGUAGAAAGAAGUUUUCCAUUUUAUCCAAAGGUUAACUAAGUUUAUCAUCGACCUCUUUUAUUCGUGUCUUUAUCGAAGAAAGUUCGAAACCAAAGUAAAGAGAGAGAGAGAGAGAGAGAGAGAGAGAGAGAGAGAGAGAGAGAAACGAUCGAUUGGCAUUGCAAUUGCAUCGUAUAAAAACUGGUAUGCGUCACGUCGGUGUACGAUGGAAGAAGAAGUGGAAAGAGGGUCAGGCGACAUUGGCCAAGUGGAAAUAACGACUCUCUCUCUCUCUCUCUCUCUCUCUCUCUCUCUCUCUCUCGAGACGUAGGAGACAGGUAGGCAGAUAGGAAGGAUCGCGCAACGGUACGAUCACUAAAUUAAGCCGGAUUAGGCUAAUCUGGACCCGCGGAUCGUUAAUUAAUGUGGCUAUUAGUCAGCGACGUUGACUAUUAAUUCGAACCGAUAGCAAUGCCCCGACGAUACGUUAUGGCAAUAUCGUGUAUUUGUCACUAUCGCUCGGCUCACAAAUUGGUUACAGCGCACCUGGAAUGCCGUGCGUCCUCCCGUAGGGAUUCGAGUCUCUGCUCCCGCUCUCCUCUGUCUAGUCGUUUCCAUCUCCUCCGGUCGUUCGCGUAGACGAUCGCGAGAAGGCGUCGAUCUUUAUCGUCCCUCAUCAACGUCGAUCCGCUAGGUCAAUUUAUUAUCGUGUCCUAGGACCACACUCCGCCACGCUCGAUGGUAUAAAUCGUGAAAAGAACGAGCAAAAAGAUCGCCACCGAUCGUCAACGGUAUAAGAAAAGUUUCCUGAAAGAAAACAUUCCGAAUUGGUUAUCCUUGGUGAUUUUCCAUCGAGAGCUGUCUCUCUCUCUCUCUCUCUCUCUCUCUCUCUCUCUCAUGAAUUUGUCAUAGCCAGCUGACCGAGCAGAAGGAGGAGAGAGAGAGAAAGAGUAGAAAGAAGACGUAAGUAGGUAUACACCUUCUUCUUCUUCUUAUCCCUCUGGCUAUACUCGCCACGAAACCCGGAUGCACGCCGUUUAGGAUCUCUUUUUCUUUUUAUCCCCUUUCUUCGAACCAAAGACACACCCCCUCCCUCUGUCCCUCUCCCACGAAGGUUUUACCUGGCUCUCAAUGCCCGUAUAAAGUUGUCUUCGAUCUUCUGUGUGUGUGUGUGUGUGUGUGUGUGGAGCCAGCGUUCUAUGCGACACCGAUCUCUCUUACCGAUUCUCGUUCGUGAGAAUCCAAGCGUUCGCGAAUGUUCGAACGAACUCGAAACGAACGAAUUUCAUUCGAAUCGUUUGCACGGCAAACGACGUUGCCCGUGAUCAUUAACGAUUCUUUACGCUUCUCCGAGAAGUGGAAAACCGCCUGCGGAGUACACGAGCAACAGAGAAAGAGAGAGAGAGAGAGAGAGGGAGAGAGGAAGAGGAAGCGAAAGAACGAAAUGUUGGCUUCGCGGCCAAAAUCAUCCGAGAGGAUGGCUAAUUAUCCUCUCGAAGAAAGAACGAAGCGGUAUGGCGUUUGGCGCUUUACCUGGCACGACGCGUAAUCGAUUCGCCGCGGAUGGCUAGACGGCUGGACGCUCUUCGACCGUGCCCCUCUCAUAAGACGAGGUGAUUUUACCGAACAAACAAGCUCGAAAAAGUACGAUUCUCGUGCGAAUCGGAAGUCGAGAGAGAGAGAGAGAGAGAGAGAGAGAGAGACAGAGAGAGAGAGAGAGAGAGAGAGAAAGAGAAAUAGAGUGAGAAGGAGAAAGAAAAGCAAAGGCGAUUUAUAAUGUUUUCGACACAGUCACGCUCGGAGAGUAAGUCGAUCGACAGGUGUAUUCAUCGUAGCAGUUCUUUGUCGAAAAGAGAAGAGAUUUAUGCCGUUUCGCUGGACGUUGGACGAAUCGAGGAAACGAGGAAGACGCUAUUCCCUUUCUCUCGCGGGUGGUCGAAAAGGCCGAAGACCGCAGAGCGAGCGAGCGAGCGAGCGAGCGAGAAAGAGAGAAAGAGGCGGACCGGUGAGCAUAAUCGGUACCGGAGUUACACCUAUUUGUUCUUUCAAUUCCACGUAGGUUAGGCAUUUAUGAUUUUCCACGGUCUAUAACUGGUACUGCUCCUCUCGCGGGUGGCCAAACCAGAGCAGAUGCUCUGGGGUUCGCCAUUAUCUAUCUUCUCGUCGUAGAUGCUAGAAUGGCAGGAGUUAGAACGAAUUAGAAUUGAAUCGACUCGUCCAACGAAUUCCGUAUCGAUCGAGUACCAGGAACAAGAAUGUGGUUAGACGAUUUGCGCAAAUUAUCUAUCUUUCUAUCUAUCUAUCUAUCUAUCUAUCGAGAGAGAGAGAGAGAGAGAAAACAACGUUUACACGAAGCGACACGGGAAACGAGCGAAAAGCGCUUGCGAAAAAGGUGACACAGCACUCGUCUUAAACGUCUAUUCCGAGAAGAUCCACGACGACGAUCUAUACGAUCUUAUCUCUUAAUCGAUCAUCCGAUAGAGGAAUCUUUCUCCUUCGCUUCGACUUCCUUAGGUAGUAUGUAGUAGGUUUCUACCAGCGGAAUGGCCGGCAUACCUACGUAGUAUCUUUUUUUUUCCCAUCCUUUCGAUCUUCAUCCCUCUUGCUUCCCCUUCGUAAGAAAUUUUUCGCGGUGGACGAUUUCUUAGGACGCCUCAAGAAUUUUCCCAAGUUAAUCUCGCAUUAAAUCUAUCGCACUAUCCAACGAUCCGAGAUAAUAAGAUCGUAAUUGCAGCAACGAUUCGUUUACCUCCUUGUUCCGGCUUUCCUCUUUGCCUCGCUAGAAGAGAGUGAAAUCGCAAAGACGUAACUUGUCUUUUCUUCUCUCUCUCUCUCUCUCUCUCUCUCUCUCUCUCUCUCUCACUCUUCCUCUCUCUUUCUUUUCUUCCGUCCAUCGACUCCGUUCAAGAGCCUGCCCAAGUUUCUCUCCAAGCUGACGCAAACUCUCGCACGCGAGAGCGAGAGAAAGCAAUCGUGAGAGAGAACGAGAGAGAGAGAAAUUCCACUGCCAGCUGCGAGGAACCGGAUCCUGACGGUUAAUUAGUAGCUUCGAUCAUUCGACGAUGAAUCAGACUAUGAGAACCAUCGAGCUCUUUCUAUGGGUGGCGCAUCACGAGCCAAAGAAAGAAAUAAAGAAAGAGAAACUAAUAGCUUAAAAUGCUGUACGCGUCGUGGUCGGAGGCACGAUCGGAAAAGACGCUUCUCUAAAAUACUAUCCCGAGGACGAAGCUACUUAGUCAUCGAUUCCAUCGCGAGCAUUUGCUACGUCAUAAUUCGUCGAACAGCUUCGAAGAAAUCCUACAAACGUAAGCAACUACGUUUGGCUUCCUCUCAACGUAUUUAAAUAAACGUAUAAAACGACAAAAGUCUUCGAUCGUUCGAGAAAACGAGAAUAAAUAAGUUUAACGUUGAGAAUUUUUAAUGAUAGUACUCGAAAAAGUGAUUCGUAGGAGGUAUCGACCACAGUGAUUAUUUUUCAUAUUGAUGAUAUAAAGAGAGAGAGAGAGAGAGAGAGAGAGCGCAUCCCGUCGAGCGCUAAUGGAUCGAUCUUGGGUGGUUCCAAAUCCACGCGAUCGCGAGAUCGAAAGAUCGAGAGAUCGAAGGAGGAAAAGCGCGCUCUUCUCUCGACUUUUACUCGUUUUGUUUUUUGUUUUCUUUUGCUUCGUUUUUUUUUCCCCCUCUUUAAACGAACAAAUAUCGCGGAGAAAGAGGACGAAGGCAAAUCCCGAAUGGGUUUCCCCCCACCGAGUCGUCUUCGCGUGUCAACGUGGGCGGCACUGUCGUCGAGUACUUCGUAAAACGAGACUUGGCGUACAGACGAAACUGGGCCCGCAAGGGCCCUCACGUCAAUUUGCCUCGCGUGUCGCGUGAUUAACGCAACCUUAUUAAAAGGCACGUUCGUUGGUUGGUUCGUUGGUUGGUUGGUUCGUUCGGCCGCGACGAAACGUACGGCCGCCCAUUAACCUUAGCGAAAUCGUGGUGGCUAAUUAAUCGGAGCAAUUAAGAGGAGAAGAAGAGGAGGGGGCCCACGGAUCCCCGCGUGGAUCGCCGAGCCGCGACGCGAUGAUCUACGUUCGGUGCGUCCGGGCCGAUUUAUUAAUGCGAGCCAAGGGCGAGCCUUUCCACGCUACGGGGUGGUCCAAAACCGCGAAUCGAAUACUCUCGCCGAGUAGGCGAGACCUGCUGGGAUAAAGGGAAAAGGAGGGAGGACGAUAAAGACGAUCGGGCUGGCUCGUCACGUAUCGGACGAGGCACGCGACGAAGCCUGCUUGCGUACAGCUUGGAUCGAUCAAUGAUCGAAGGAAUGUCAAAAAUACGAGCUAUUCCGGUCGCGCUGGCCCACCCGGAGAAUCGACGAAGAGGAAGCUACGGAGGUGGGAGGUGAGAAGGAGGAGGAGAGAUCGGCUCCUCCACGGAGGAGCGCGUGCAGUCGGCUAGCCGAGGCCUAUACUUGUCCGUCGAAGGGAAUUGGUCUUGCAGCGAUUCUUCAAAGUAUCUCUCGAAUAAACCGCGCGCGAGAAGAUAAGGGCGUCGGAUAGAGGCGCGAUUCGAGACGCAAGAAAUUGAGCGCGUUUACGCGCCACCCUUCAGAACAUAGAGAGAGAGAGAGAGAGAGAGAGAGAGAGAGGGAGAGGGAGAGAGAGAGAGAGAGCAAGGUCGCGAGGACGACGAGGUGCGAGAUAGAGAAUAGAGGGUGCCAGGUAGAAUUCUCGCCUCCCCCACCAUCGACUCGAAUCUUCCGAAGCAUCGGCGUGCCGCACGACGACACCCACCCCUCGAAGGAAGGGCCCGGAGGGUGAGUUUCCCUGCCCCGAGCCGACCGAUCCUCGGACCCUUCCGCAGUCGGUCACGCUGGACUCUACCGAGCGCAUUACGAGUCUUGCCUCUCUCUUCUCGACGGCGACGACGACGACGACGACGACGACGACGACGACGACGACGACGACGACGACGACGACGACGAAGACGACAAAAAAAGAGAACAAGAGGAAGAAGGAAAGAGAGAGAAUGCGCUCGAGCUGACGAGCGUUCGCUCGUGUGCGCAUUCUUACGAAGGACGGUGUGAUGUUGGACGGACGGUGAACAACGAGUUUGGUGCACGGUGUCCUAUCAAGCUAUUACGGAUAUCUCUAGCACUCUUCGAGCUACUCCAAGAGCCACGAUAGCCGACAUUACGGCAAAUAGAGAUCGUUGGCCCACCAUGAGACUCUGGCUUCUUUUCGGUGUCCUCGGCUUUGCGACCAACGUGGCGCUCGCCGAGAUUACGAGAAACAAGAAUCGCGGAAGGGGUUCUAUGUGGUGGGGAAUCGCGAAAGCAGGAGAGCCGAAUAAUUUCCUACCGUCGCUCCAUAUGGAUCCCACCGUUUAUGCGACCUUGAGGAGAAAGCAGAGACGGCUGGUCAGAGAAAACCCAGGGGUACUUAUGGCGGUGGCGAGAGGUGCCAAUCAGGCGAUCGGCGAGUGUCAACAUCAGUUUCGUAAUCGUCGUUGGAACUGCUCAACCAAGAACUUUCUCAGAGGGAAAAAUCUUUUCGGCAAGAUCGUCGAUCGAGGAUGCCGAGAGACCGCCUUCAUCUACGCCAUCAUGAGCGCAGCUGUGACUCAUAGCAUCGCGAGAGCAUGCAGCGAGGGCAGCAUCCAGUCAUGUUCAUGCGACUAUACCCACCAAUCGCGCGCACCCUCUGCCGUUCGAGACUGGGAAUGGGGUGGGUGUUCGGACAACAUCGGAUACGGCAUCAAGUUUUCCCGCGAGUUCGUCGAUACCGGAGAACGCGGCCGAAAUCUCCGGGAGAAAAUGAACCUCCACAACAACGAGGCCGGUCGAGCGCACGUAUUCUCGGAGAUGCGACAAGAGUGCAAGUGCCACGGCAUGUCCGGUUCCUGCGCGGUAAAGACCUGCUGGAUGAGACUACCCAACUUUCGCGUGGUCGGCGACAAUUUGAAGGAUCGCUUCGACGGAGCAUCCAGAGUGAUGGUUAGCAAUUCGGAUCGAGUACGAGGCAAUAGCAACGCUAUCGUGAGCAACUCUGCGAGCAAUUCGGUUCAUGGGCACCGAGAUGGUCUUGGACGUCGUCAUCGUUACAAUUUCCAACUUAAACCGUACAAUCCUGAACACAAACCACCGGAGCCCGAGGACCUCGUCUACUUGGAUCCUUCCCCGCCGUUCUGUGAGAAGAAUCCGAAACUCGGAAUUCUUGGUACGCACGGCAGACAAUGCAACGACACGAGCAUCGGUGUCGACGGUUGCGAUCUCAUGUGUUGCGGAAGAGGUUACAAGACUCAGGAAGUGACGGUGAUGGAAAGGUGCGCGUGUAUCUUCCACUGGUGUUGCGAAGUCAAGUGUCAACACUGCUGGAGGAAGAAGACGAUACACACGUGUUUGUAAAGAGAGACAGAGAGAGAAAGCGAGAGAGAGAGAGCGAGAGAGCGAGAGAGAGAGAAAGAGAGAGAGAGAGAGAGCUCUUCGUAUUACGAAAUUAUCGCUUUCCGGGCAAAUGCCGAGAAAAGAAUACACGAGAAAGAGAAUAUCUCUGCUAGCUUACUCUCUUUCCCUCUAAAGGACCGAUUCCUUCCUGGUGAAGGACAUUCCGAGUCUCUCGAGAAGCUCGAAUGUCGAGGCUCCUCCUCCUCCAUUCUCCUCCGCCUCCUCCUCAGUAUUACGCGACACGAUCUAAACUCUUAACUAUAUAUUUAUUUGCGAUCUAUUAAAGACUGACUCCAAAUGCCCAGGAUCGUUCUCGAGCGAUUCUCGAUCCAUCUUAUCGAAGACAUUAAAUGUCGACGAUCGAGGUUGCGUUUCGUUUGUAAAUACAGGAUUAGAGAUUAGACGAUAAGGACGACGAAGUUAUUCCGAAUGCCUGCGCGAGCUUUUACGAG